CUCCAGAGCAGACGAACAGCAGAAGUGAACCGUCCACGAACCGGAUCCGAGGAGAAAAGGCAGAAACUUGGUUGGCUUCGUGCGUCUUUGCGCGGACGGUAAAGUGGAGCCGUUCUGAGAUGUCAGCCGCUGUUUGGAGGCGGGAUGGAACCAGGAGAGGAAGCUUUAUCUGCAGACGUCGCCUCUCCGGUUUGUUUAGCGGACAGUUAAUUGCUACCUGAAGACAAUUAAAGUAGCAGUUGUGGGAGUGUGGAGAGAAGAAGGUGUCAGCUUUACACAAGCUGCCCGAGCAGCCGGUGGAUGUUGCGCCAUGGAGAUAAAAACAAGACUUCGAGCCGUGCUGAUGUUCAUGUGGAUUUUUCAAGGUGACACCCAGAAGGUGGAAUUCCCCAAAAAAGAGAUGGAGGUGGUGAGGGGCCAGAUGGUGGUGUUACACGCCUGGUACAGCCCCAACUCGGACAUUUCCAAAAACACUGUGGUUUGGCACUUCAAGGGCAACGAGUCCAAGCAGGUGAUAAACUUUAGCUCAGGUGUGGUCGGGCACGGCCAGAACGAGUUCACCAAAAGAGUGGGCUUCAGUGUGGCCAUGCCCUCAGCCAACCUCUCCAUCUACAUCAACAACACCCAGGAGUCAGACUCGGGUCUCUACUUCUGCAACGUCAUCAUCCCUGGAGCUCCUGGCCUUUCUGGGGAGAUGCGCCUUAAUGUCAAAGUCCCUCCUUCUCCCCCAGUGUGCACAAUGACUGGGAACCCGGUGGUGAAGGGCAACGUCACUCUAAGCUGCAAGUCCAGUCAUGGAAAACCCGUCCCGCAGUACAAAUGGACCAAGGCUGCACCUGUGUCAGAGGUCUUCUUCUCCCCAAUGCAGAAAUGGAGAGCCUGCCCCCAGCCCUUGCUUGUACUUGGGUUCAUGGAUGAGAGACAUGGCACCCUCAGGCUCAGCAACCUCACUAAAAGCAUGUCAGGGAAGUACAUCUGCCGAGCCAGCAACACUGCCGGCUCCGACAGCUGCUCCAUUAACCUAGAGGUUAUCACCUCUUCCAAUGCAGGCAUGAUCGCAGCAGCCACUCUGGGGUCAGUGGUGGGACUGGUGGCUAUGGUGCUCUUCCUUGUAUUCAUAUUGAGGAGGAGGCGAGACACUGAGGAGGAGAUAGCCAAUGAGAUCAAGGAAGACGCUCAGGCACCAAAGCGAGUGUCGUGGGCAAAGAGCAACACUGGCUCCGACAUCGUGUCCAAGAACGGCACGUUAUCCUCCAUAGCCACCAGCCCUCGACCCCGAGACCCCCAUCAACCCAACUACCACUACCUGUACUCCCCCAUAUCAGCCUCAGACACGGGCUCAGUGAUCAAUGCUUACCAGCUGCGACCCGGAGAAGCCAACACGUUGCAGGGACUCCCGGGUUACAACAUCGGGGGAACUCCCUCACGGAAACACAAGCGGCCUCCCAGUACGAACGGAGCCCCUCCACAGCUUCUCAGGAGCCCUGCAGUCGCCAACCCCAAAAGGACUGAAGGAGCUCAGCCUCAGGUGCCACCUCCACUCACUGUGUCCCCACCAAUCAGCUCCAGCACUCUGACACGCAUGGGAGCUGUUGCUGUCAUGGUGCCUGUUCAGAGCCAAGCCGGCUCACUGGUGUAGCCGACAGGAACGUCUCUGAUGGGAAAUAAAGGACACACACACAGAGUGUUUGCCUUGAAGUGGAAAAGCACUUUCUCUAUGAAGACCUGAGAGGUUGUGAGAGAAGAAUAAAUAUCUCUCAGGCGGUUUGUGCUUCAUUUUGCGCAAACUCUCCCUUCGGUUUGUUAAUUGACUCAGUGCAGUGUUUUUCAUUUCAGUUUCUUUUUGUAUGCUGCAUUCAGGCUCACUGAAGAUGAAUAUGUUUUUAUUUAAUGCUUAGAGAUGAUCUUGGAAACAGCAGCCAAACAGUUUGAAGAUUUGUAGGCAGCAGUCUGUCAGGAUGUUGUAAACCAUAAAGAACAGGUCGGUUUACUCAAGUAUGUUUUGGCUAUAUUUGUAUGAUAACCUUAAUUCUAAACACAUUUUUAUGAUUUUAUUUUUAUUUUACUGUACCUGGCUGCAUAAGGAUCACUUUUCUCAGGCUAACUGCACUCAUUAGAGCAAAAAAAAAAAAAACAACAAAAAAAACCAAAAAACACAAUUCAGGUACUGCAAAUAGUUUCAGAUGUUUCAUUCUUUUUGACCCACAUUUACUCCUUGUUCACUUAAGGGUAGUUUAUUUGAUCUGCUGUAACAGUGUCAGUAUGGUUUCGUGUGUACUGAGAGUACAUGCUUUAUGAGUGUUUUGCCUGUUAUGGUAGCUGGAAUGUAACCAGAAUAGAGAGUAUAACAUUGUUGGUGAUUUCUGACUACUCUGUUUAAAGGUGCGUGGUAUAAGUUGAUUACUGCAAACAUAUGAGGCCAGUAAUCGGAGAGAUUGGUCAAGAAAACAACCCAGUAGGUUUUCCCCAGUAUUUGACCAGUAUUUCUUAUUAUGGACUUGUUUGUUUUCUUGUAAUUAUACUGACCUCUGGAACUAUUGUGGCAGUGAUUCGUUGAUGUGGAAAGGCUACAUGUAGCACUUUUAUAGCAGUUCUGAUUGUUGACAGUUUCUUUUCAAUAAAUUAUUCUGGAGUGUUCAAAUGAAUAAUAAACAGUAUAUUUACAG